AUGCAUCUAUCGGGCUCGCUGGAGGCUCGCCAGCAGGGCCAGUCGGGGGGAGCGCCUGGAACUCAGCCAACCAACAGUCUGCAGCUUUCAAUCACCAGCUCACCUGCAGCUUCGCCGACCUCCUCAUCGAGUUCUUUGCCCCCGACUGCCACAGACACGCUGGAUCUUGGGCCUGGGAUCGGCGAAACCAACACUGCCGUGUUGAUCUCUGUCAUGGCAGUCCUCGGUGCCGUAUGCGCUCUCACAAUCGGCUUCAUCCUCCUCCGCAAGAUGCGGCUGAAGCACAAGAAUCCAAAAUACGUACCGACGCCAUUCCUCAAGAAUGCCUGGCAGAGAUGGAACCCUUCGAUUCGACCCUACAGCACUGGCGCGACCGAGUCCCUAGAGCCCAUAUCCCGCAACGGCUCAAACCAGGCAUCGGCGACGGUUCACGCUGCGACAGGGGCCGUGGUGGACAGGGCUGCCAGUGUGAGAUCGGUGAUGACAUUACCUGCGUACCGCGCGAAUGCGCUUACGAACGAACGAGUGCUGGGGAGGGAGGGAGAAAGAGGAGGGAUAGAUGUGGUGGUUGAGUUUCCAGAGGCACCGGAGGAGGAAGAAGAGAGGAGAGAGGAGGAGAUGGAGGCGCUGUACCAAGUCCGGCUUGCUCGUCGCCGCGAAAACGAAGAGAGAGAGGAACGCAGGCGAUUACGAAGAGAGGCCCGGGAACGAGGCGAUUACGUCGCACUGAGAGCAAUGGCUGCUAGCGCCAGAGCAGCCCAUGGAGCCAGUGCCGGACAGACGGUCGAGGAGCUGCGGGCUGAGCAUGAACGGAUCAAGAAGGAGAGGCAAAAACCUGUUGCUGCAGUCGCAUACGGAGAUCUUGGGGUCGCGAGACACGAUGGCACGAGGAUACGGGCGAACAGCGUGGAUAGCGAACACCAGGGCUUGCUGGGCGACGCGGCUAGUAUUGCAACUACCUCGCGUCAUCACCACCGGCGUGAACGCAGCACGUCUUCAAUCCUCAGUAUCGAUACGCAGAACUCCGACUUACCCUCCCCGCGCAUACCCUCCCCGCGCAUCAUCACACGAUCAAGAGGGAAUUCCAAUGUGAGCCAUCAGACAAAUAGGAGACCCUCAACAAGCCCUGAGGGGAGAGCGGGCAGUAGUCCCGAGAUGAUCAAUCAAGAGAAUGUACCGCCGAAUAGCCCACCUAGAUACGAAAACACGUCCUCAGCCAUACUGCGUGACGAAAAUUCGCAUCCGCCUCACGAACCGCCGCCGGACUACCAAUCUCCCAUCCGAGGACGAGGCGAACUUCCCAGGAACGACUCUCCCCUCCCGCCUUCUCCCAUCCGAGGACGAGGCGAAAUUCCCAGCAACGACUCUGCCCUCCCGCCUAUGUCGCCCGUCUCCCCUCUGUGCCCCGAUUUCCGACUCUCGAGCAUAGCGAUAUCGGUAGACGGUGACGGGGAACCGCAGAGCCCAGCUGGGCACCUGGCGAGCGAGAAUCGGCCGAGCAGUACGAGUGCGACGCAGCUGCCUUAUUUGAGCCCGCUGCCAACUAUACAUGUUGAUCCCGCAUCCCCUAGCAUUGGGAGCACCGACGAUGUCUCGCCGCGACGCUAG